AUGUCUUUCUCUAGUCUUCACAAAGCAAAAGAUCUGUGGUACAAGGAUGGAACGAUCGUCAUCAUCGCCGGCACCACCGCGUUCUGUGUUCACAGCAGCGUUCUUGAAGCAGUCUCCUCCGUGUUCGGAGACAUGUUGAACCUUCAUCGAGAAGGUGAAUACGAAACUAUGGAAGGAUGUGUUGUCGUGCGCGUCACGGAUUCCGAGAUCGAUAUGUCGCAUUUCCUCCGAGUGAUGUUCCGCCCGGGUUACGAUAGUCUCGCCCACGAAACCGAGCCAAUAGCCUUCUCUGCGCUCGCGUCCUUCCUCCGCAUGGCACACAAGUACGACGUAGAAAAGGGCGUCGCCGUCGCCGUCGACCGUCUCUCGCGCCGUUUCGGCGCGCCGCUCCACACCUCACUCGGUCACCGUACCACCUGGGACAAGGUCGAAGCCCACCUCAACACGUCCUCACGCGUCACGUUCGACCCCGCCGAUGCCAUCGAGGCCGUCAACCUCAUGCGUCUCAUCAACUCUUCCGCGACGAGCGCAAACUCUCCGCGCUUCUCAAACAUCGCGGUCACGGUCGCGCUCUUCUACUGUUGCGUCGCCGCCGAUGGGAAGCCGCAAUUCCUUCGGAAUGGCCAGCCUCGCGCGGACGGGACGAUGGAGGUGCUCAGCGACGCGGAUUACGGACGAUGCGCCACCGCGAUGGUGUGCCUCCGGCAGGAGUUCGGCCACGUCGUAGGGCGGGCGAUGGUCGCCUUCUGGAACGGUUACGAUAAGUUCAAGAACGUCGUGGGUUGCUCCCGGCAGCCCAAGUGCGAAAACGACACCAUUUCGUGA